UCGCGUGGAGUGGUCCAUUCGAAGAAGGCCAACAGAACUGCGAAUGUAUUUAACUUGAAAUUAAGGGGUAAAAUAGUACUUUCGUCUAUAUCUGAAACUAUCACUCACUCGGAGAAGAAGAAUAAUCUGAAACUAUCACUCUCACUCGGAGAAGAAGAAUGGCACUGACACUGAUACCAACAAGUUCCGUUCAUCUUCUCAACUCCACCUCCGUCGCGCCUCCUCAGAUCUUCGCCUCUGAUUCUAAUCUUCGACCGCGGCGGCGGCGUCGGGCUGUUUCUCCAAUCUCUAUCUCCCGUCACAGACUUCCUUCGAGAACUUCGCUUCACUGCCUCUGUUCCUCGUCUUCCGCUUCAUCACCCAUGUCGCUUGAAGUCUCCACUCCGAAUUCUCAGUUUCUUCAUUGUUUGAUCUAUUCAAGAGCGUAUUGGGUUACCCAAGGCGUAAUCGCUUGGAAUGUGGAUGUUGCUGGUGAAGAAUCUUGUUACUUGUAUGCGAGCAAAAUUGCUGGUUUAUCAUUCAGUGAAGAUGGAAUCGAUGGUUAUGAUUUAAGAAUCAAGCUUGAAGCUGAAUCCAGUUCACUUCCUGCAAACGUGAUUGAGAAGUUUCCACAUAUUAGGGAUUACAAAUCGUUCAAAGUUCCUUCAGAUUUGGAUGUCAGGGAUCUUGUCAAAAGCCAGUUAGCUGUUGUUUGCUUUGAUGCGAAAGGACGGCUGAUUCAGGGAACUGGGUUGCAAUUGCCUGGCGUCCUGGAUGAAUUGUUCUCAUAUGAUGGUCCCCUAGGUGCACAUUUUACACCAGAAGGUGUCUCUCUUCACCUUUGGGCUCCCACUGCUCAAGCAGUAUCUGUUUGCAUCUAUAAAAACCCACUUGACAAGAGUCCGAUGGAAAUCUGCCCGCUCAAAGAGGCAAACGGUGUGUGGAGCAUUGAAGGGGCUUGUAGUUGGGAAGGAUGCUAUUAUAUGUAUAAAGUAUCAGUCUACCAUCCAAGCACCAUGAAAGUGGAAACUUGCUUUGCUAAUGAUCCUUAUGCACGGGGGCUUUCCGCAGAUGGGAGCAAAUCUUUUCUGGCUAAUCUUGAUUCUGAUGAUCUAAAACCUAAAGGAUGGGACAACUUAGCAGAUGAGAAGCCAUGCCUAAAAUCCUACUCAGAUAUAAGUAUUUAUGAGCUGCAUGUGAGGGACUUCAGUGCCUAUGAUGAGACUGUCGAGCGUGAAAAUCGUGGUGGAUAUUUGGCUUUCACUUUAAAGGAUUCUGCAGGUGUGAAACAUCUUCAGAAAUUAGUUGAUGCAGGUCUUACCCAUCUACAUCUUCUUCCAACACAUCAGUUUGGUGAUGUUGAUGAUGAGAAGGAGAAUUGGAAGUCUGUAGACACCAGUUUGCUGGAUGGAUUACCACCUGGUUCAACUGAGGCACAAGCUCGUAUUACAGAAAUCCAGAAUGAUAAUGGCUAUAACUGGGGGUAUAAUCCUGUGCUCUGGGGAGUCCCGAAAGGAAGCUAUGCUAGUGAUCCGACUGGUCCACACCGCAUAAUUGAAUUUAGAAAAAUGGUUCAGGCUCUUAAUUGUACUGGUCUUAAUGUUAUCUUAGACGUUGUUUACAACCACUUGCAUGCAAAUGGGCCACACGACAAAGACUCUGUUCUUGAUAAGAUAGUUCCAGGUUACUAUUUGAGAAGGAACAAUGAUGGUUUUAUUGAAAACAGUACAUGUGUAAACAACACUGCCAGCGAGCAUUAUAUGGUUGAUCGUCUAAUACGGGAUGAUCUAUUAAAUUGGGUCGUUAACUAUAAGGUUGAUGGUUUUCGUUUUGAUCUUAUGGGUCAUAUAAUGAAAGCUACAAUGGUAAACGCAAAAUCUGCAAUUGGUAGCUUGAGAAAGGAAAAAGAUGGAGUUGAUGGUUCAAGAAUUUACUUAUAUGGCGAAGGAUGGAACUUUGGUGAAGUUGCUAACAAUGGACGUGGAAUAAAUGCUUCACAGUUCAACUUAUGCGGGACUGGAAUUGGAAGUUUUAACGACCGUAUACGAGAUGCAAUUCUUGGGGGAUCUCCAUUUGGUCAUCCUCUUCAACAAGGAUUUAUUACAGGUUUAUUGUCACAGCCUAACGGUCAUGACCAUGGUUCAGAAGCUACCCAGGAACUGAUGCUUUCUACCGCGAAAGAUCACAUACAGAUUGGUAUGGCAGCAAAUCUGAAGGAUUAUAUGCUGACCAAUUACGAAGGAAAGGAGGUGAAUGGAUCAGAGGUUUUAAUGCAUGAUGCUACACCUGUUGCAUAUGCUUCACAGCCAACAGAAACUAUUAACUACGUCUCUGCCCAUGACAAUGAAACUCUCUUUGACAUUAUCAGUUUGAAGACUCCGAUGGAAAUAUCUGUUGAUGAAAGGUGUCGAAUCAAUCAUUUGGCGUCAAGUAUGAUUGCCCUCUCUCAGGGUAUUCCAUUCUUCCAUGCUGGGGACGAGAUUCUACGCUCGAAAUCACUUGAUCGUGAUUCUUACAACUCCGAUGAUUGGUUCAAUAGGCUAGACUUCAGCUACAGUUCCAACAAUUGGGGUGUUGGGCUUCCUCCAAAAGGGAAAAACGAACACAAUUGGCCACUGAUCAAACCGAGGCUACAAGAUCCAUCCUUCAAGCCUCAAAGCAGUCACAUAGUUGCCACGCUGCACAAUUUCUUAGAUUUGUUACGCAUCAGAUACUCUUCACCACUCUUUCGUUUAGAUACAGCGAAGGCUAUCCAGGAGCGAGUGCGAUUUCAUAAUACAGGCCCCUCAUCAAUCCCUGGUGCCAUUGUCAUGAGCAUUGAAGAUGGUCAUAAGAGCAUCCUCCCGAGUGUAUCUCAGAUUGAUCCAGUCUACUCACUCAUUGUGGUAAUCUUCAAUGCACGCCCGUCUGAGUUCUCAUUUCUCAGUCCGGCUCUAAAAGACAGGAAUCUCGAAUUACACCCGGUACAGGUGAUGUCAGGCGAUGAAACAGUCAAGAAAUCAGUUUAUGAGGCGUUUUCCGGCGGCUUCACUGUACCGGCAAGAACAACGACGGUGUUUGUCGAAUCGCGGAAUGGUUGAAAGUUAAAACUUUCCCUUAAAGGAAACAGGUAAGCGUAUAUGCUCUGUCCCAUAAUAUUCUCUCAAGAACAUGGCUAAUGGCUUGUCUUAUUUCUUUUAACCUAAUUUAUUAAUAAACAUAAUUUAUUAAUAGACUGUAUAUAAAGAUUGUCAGAUUGUGUACGCCAAUAUAUAAGCUCAAAUUUAAUAUUGAAACUGUGUAUUGCAACAA